AUGUCAAACAACUUCGAUCGCCAGCAGGCGUCCUUCCUGUCGAGCAUGUCGGCCGCAGCCUCUAAGCUCGGCAGUGGUGCAGGCACAAAGCGCUCGCUAGCCCCUCCUUCGCCUUCGCCUUCAGUUGGCUCAACCACCUCGGCCGCCGCCGGCAGUCUCACCCCGCGCAAGGACCGCGACACACCCGCUGCCGCCUCCAGCUUUGGGAACAAUGUGGUUUACUCGCAGCCCGCGCUGACGGGCACCGGCGACAGCAUCAUUUCGCAGAUGGCCUACGCCGUGUCGUGGCUGCGCGGCAAGGACGAGCCGCAGAGCUGUGUGGACGUGCUAGGGUACCUGUCCGCCACGGCGCGGGCGGAGUCAGAGCAGGAGUUCUUCGUCGAGCAGAUGCGCCGGCACCCGCAAAUCCAAUGGAUCCCCGACCCGGCGCUGAGCGAGCAAACCUGGCGGUCCGGCACAUACGCGCACCGCCCGGCCAUUCCGGGCGUCCGCAACAAGACCCAACUGCUGGCAUACCUGCAGAAGAAGACAGACGCCAGUGGAAUAUCGGUCAAGGAUCUGAAGGACGGCUGGCCUGAGUGCGAAUCGGCGAUUACCGAACUUGAGCGCGAGCACAAGGUGCUAGUGAUUCGCGCCAAGAAGGAUGGUGCUGCGAAAACGGUCUGGCUCGAUGAUGCCAGCUUGUUCCACGAGGUUGAUCCGCAGCUGAAACUGCUCUGGGCCCGCGUCGAGGUUCCGAGUGUUGACAACAUCGUGCAGAAACUGGUUGCGGCCCAGCAGAAGCCGGCUUCGGAGGAUCCUCGUCUUAAGGCUAUGCAGGCGCCCAAGGCGGAGAAGAAGAAGAAGCGCACGCAGCGCAGGACUGGCAAGUCGACAAAUGUGCAUAUGGAGCAUCUACUUAAGGACUACAGCCACAUGAAGCGGUGA